UUGGGCCGACGUAAGCGAUGGAUGUCCACAAAUCACUAGGUACGGUACAGAGUAUAGGUCAUGUUGUGAGAAAAUAGCAAAAACGGCAAUAUAUUCUCAAAAAUGAAUUCGUACUAUCCGGCAUCGUUUUUUGCUCAGUACUCUUCGGAAAACUCACAUAUUCCUCACAAUGUUGGUUACUCGUCAAACAAUUUUGGAUUACUAGCAUCACGUUUUGCCGAUCAAAUUUCGGCAUAUCAUAAUAGUAGUUUUGAUCCUCAUCGGGCUGCUAUCCCUAACGGAUACUCACCACACCACCAAUCCGCGGACGGUUCUCAAUACCCCUCCCGGGACGGAUCGGGCGGGGGGACAGGGUCAGGAGGAGGAGGAUCGGCAGAACCACCUGGACAUGGGGUAGGACACGGCCACGGGACAACACCCCCGGGCGGGGGGAGGAUACCGCCCUACCCUCAACCAGCCCCGGCCCACCAGGGUUCUGAGGACUCCUCUUUGCAUAGGUCGUACAGUUCAUGUAGUACAGACAAUUGGAGUCCCCCUCCACACGGGGGGAUACAGAGCAGCUCUCCGGACUCUGUACACAAUAACCAGACACAUAGUCCCUACUCUGGCCUGGACGCUUCUGCCAACUGUCAGUCUAUGUUGCUACAAAAACACAUGAAGUCGGAUCAAGGCAUAAAUUCGGGAUCUGAAGCAAGCCCUUCAACGCCUUUUUACCCCUGGAUGGGGAUUGUUGGUCCUAAUUCUGCUCAUAGAAGGAGAGGACGUCAAACUUACAGUCGUUAUCAAACACUCGAACUGGAGAAAGAAUUUCAAUUCAACCAUUACCUUACACGAAAACGCCGCAUAGAGGUCGCCCAUUCAUUAUGUCUUACAGAAAGACAAAUCAAGAUCUGGUUUCAAAACAGACGCAUGAAAUUAAAGAAGGAAAAAAUGGCUAUAAAAGAACUCAAUGAAGGGAUCCCGUGCGAUCUGGACUCCAAAAAAUCAGACUUUAAGGAGACAGAAGAAAAAAGCGAUGGAAUAGCUAGUGACGAUUCCCCAUAAUCCUUCUUAACUAACGCGAGAAUCUUCGGCAACGAGAAUUAUUAUACAAAAUACUGUUUUGUCAUAUUUCCUUUGCGCCAGGUGCGUGAAACACGGGUUUUGAAUCAUCGUCAACUCUUGCCGAGUACAUGAUCUGCAUUCUUUUCGUCAUGAACAUGUUGUGCGUUGUUUAAUUUAUUCAAAGAAGAAUGUACGAGUGUGUAUCUUGUCUGGAAGAUAUUGACGGCUGAUAUGACUCGAUAUAAAUGAGAAUGUGCCAUAUUGUAACCAUUUAAAAACUUAAAUUCGUAAAUUUCAUCUUUUUUUUUCUGUCAGAGACAUACAUAUUUGAUACAAAUCGUCUCUGGUUGUAUAUUCCAUUGGUCAUUACUCGGUCAUAUACAUGAUGGCCUACACUCGCGGGUUCGGACAAGUGUAAUUUACUGCUUCGCGAGUUUUCAUCAUGAUAAGAAUGUAUUUGUGUCAUAUGGGGGUCAUUGAGUACAGUUCACUAUUUUUAUGGAUAUUGAAGUUUGAGAGGCUACCACAUUACUUAGAAUGACUGGCGGGAAUCGUUAAUACACACAUAAAUUGAAAUCAUAAUAUUACCUUUUAAUACAUAUAGAUAUAAUAUUAAUUGUAAAUAUAUGACCAACGUGGGUAAAAUCGCAAUUAUGUGCAAUGCUGUUUAUUGCUGAGGAACGUAUUCUUUAUGACACCGUCAAAUGUUGGGUGCGCCUGGUAACGUCUAAACAUAUCCCAUCUGUCCAUGGCACUUAUUACUACAAGGUUAAAACUGCUGAAACCUAGCAACCGCGCGGGCUCGUAGGGUGUAUCCGGGCUGAUUGGUCCACGACCUCGUGACAGCGUUAUAAAGAUGUCAAAAACCCCGGCAAAGAUAACUGUAAAAUUUUGCUUCAAAAUGACUCGGUAUCAGUGAUGAGACUCUGUACAUCCGUUAUUGUACUACAUAGAGUACGUUGUAGUUGGUUCCAGGAAGGAUCGGAAUGAAAUCUGUAAAACAGUAGUAAUAAAACCAUCAGACCUUGUCAAAUACAGAUAGAUUGUUAUUUUCUUAUGAAAUUGUAUAAGAGCAAAUAUAUAUAUAUAGAUAUAUAUAUGUUUAGCCAUAACAUUACCAAAUAUUAUCAAGUCAAUAGUACUUUACACUAUUAAGUACAUUGAUGUAACAUUGAUUCUUUUUUUAAUAAUAAAUGUGAUAAAACUUAUUCUGAUUAUAAAACAAUAGUGUUUGGCAAGAAAUAUCUCUACAUACUUAUUAAAUAGGAAGUUUAAUAGAAGAUAUCAUAAAUACAUUUGUAAAUGUAUUAAGAUCGAAUUUAUUAUCGAUAUAUAUAUAUCAUGAAAAACAUAUAUGUAAUAACUACAGGGGUUUUCCUGGGAUUAAUCGUUAGGUGAGAUCCGAUUUGAACAUGCAAAAGUAGACAAUCUAGCAUUGAGCCUGACCCCGGGAAGCCAUACCACUACACACAAACGUGAUUUUCAUGAUUGUGUCGUUCGUGAAUCAUGUUGAGUUUUCGAUAUAAAGGGUAAACUGUGUGUUUUUUUCUAUUUGUACACCGGACAUAAAUAUGUUUUAAUAUGUGUAUAUACAAUAUGUAUUAUAACGAAGAAAGGGUAAUGCUAGCAUUUUCACAGGUUCGUUCUAAACUUCAUGUUUUAUCGGUAAAUGCUAUUUAGAUUUGUUACUAUGUUUUAAAAUAUAAUUUUUAUGUCAUUUCUAUAGUUAUUACGUAAUCAAAUUGAGCAUAAUUGAUAUUAUCACAUUUUCUUCUUCCCUAUUCGGUCACUACGUUUCAGAGAAAUUGUGUGCUGACCUUUCAUUUUUGUAAAAGAAACUUUCGAUUAGAUAUUUUGCAUUUUAUAAUGGGAUAUUAGGCAAAUAGAUUUUUACAUUUUUUGUAGCUAUUUUUGUGGAUUUCAUCGUGUUUACGCCGUAUACAAACGAUCCAUGAUAAUUUUGACCUUUGACAUUCCUAUAGUAAAUUCCCUAGCCAAUCAAAACUGCCAUUACUUACUUAUACACUUUUCCCUCUGUGUUUCAAUGAUAGAAAAAUGGUAUUUUAGUAUAUAUUUUAUUCUGUGAACUUAAAGGCAAUUUUGCAUCAAAUCUUUCUUGUUUACAAAACUCAAAUAUCAUCUAUGUAUAUGAGAUAUUUUAUUUUCUACUUAUUGACUCUAGCUUUGUGUAUUCUUAGAAUACAUCACGAUGUAUGUUUAUUUCGUAAGUGCUGAAUUGUAUAUGUGUCAUGUAAUGUGUGAAAGUGACAUUUGGGAAAGUGUGAAAUAUGAUUCGAACCAUAGAUAUUAUAGCGGAAAGUACGUUUUCUAAAGACAAAAGUAUCCAUUUAUAUGUAGUAUAUAUAUAAAAAGUAUUCUAUGUAAUUAGUUUGUCGUUAGCAACAGAAAUUCACCUUUGUGUAAUAUUAAAUUCUGAAUAUUCAAAUCUAGCAAUCUCCCCUUUUUGUCUCAUGACAAUUAUAGUUGUAUUCCAUGGUUUGUCUUCCUCCUUUCGCUUUGGCUGUGGUUGUUGAGUGUAUGUCACGGUGUCAUAUUGUCCUAUAAAAACUGUAAUAUUGUAGUGGCGUCAUAUACGUCGUCAUCGAUACUUUUUCGAAUGAAGUCACAUGCUCAUUACACUAUGAAUGAAUCCUCAGUUACGUGUAUACCAAAAACGAGAUAUAGUGCACGUGUAUUUUGUUUGUUAAAAUACAAGAAAAAGUUUUAAAGAUAUUUUAAAUCAACUGCCGUAUUGAUAGGUGCAUUUAAAAGAGAAAUGAUUUAAUUAGAAUCUAUUUUCCUUGUUGACUAUAAUUUGCUGUAUGAAAUAAAAUGACAAAUACUUCAA